UCGUAACAUAGAUCAUAGAUGCCAACCUUUGCAAUGCCAGUUGCCAUUAGCAUCAGCAUGGGGGCAAUGGCAAUUCAAUUGUAGCCUUUUAUCCUUCCUACCCCAUGUGCUUAAAGCAACCCUUUCCUUUCUAUGUUCCCUCCACUUUUUUAAUCUCUCAUCCCUUUUCGUUAUUACUCCUCUUAGUCUCCCCACACAAUUCACACAUCGACCAAAUCUAACUCUCUUUUAUCUGUCCCCCACACCCCUCCUAUCCCAUUCUCAACAAACACAACUAUUCAUCAUGUUCACCUCAAAUCAGAGGGACAACUUCCGCUUGUUCAUGUAGUCUUAUUCAGCUUUUAAUAACAGAAAAAAAAAAAAACAUUUUUAUUUUAGGAGUUCAGGCAAUUGGUGUUGCCAUGAGGGAGUUUCCUUCUUGUUUUGGAGAAAAUGGGGUUCAGGUUGCUGACUCAUCCUCAUCAAGCACCACAAGAGCAUCUCAAAAUGUGGUUACUUGUGUCUACCAGUGCAAACUAAGAGGCCGUUCUUGCUUGAUUACAGUCUCCUGGACCAAAACUCUGAUGGGUCAAGGCUUGAGUGUGGGAAUUGAUGACUUGGGGAACCAUUGCCUCUGCAAGGUUGAGAUAAAGCCUUGGCUCUUCUCAAAGAGGAAAGGGUCCAAGAAUUUGGAGGUCCAAUCUGGUAAAGUUGACAUCUUUUGGGAUUUGAGUUGUGCCAAGUUUGGUUCAGGGCCUGAGCCAUUGGAGGGGUUCUACUUGGUGGUUGUGUUCAACAAGGAGAUGGUGCUGCUCCUAGGGGAUCUGAAAAAGGAGGCAUGCAAGAAGAUUGAGAGUGAUUGUGAUUUUUCUCACUGUGAUGCCGUUUUCGUUGCAAAGAGAGAGCACAUUUUUGGGAGGAAGUUUUAUGGUGCAAAGGCUCAGUUUUGUGACAAGGGGCAAGUGCAUGAUGUCACAAUUGAGUGUGACACUGUGGGGCUUAACGAUCCCUCUCUUGUGAUUCGGAUUGAUAGCAAGACAGUGAUGCAGGUAAAGCGUCUCAAGUGGAAAUUCAGAGGGAAUCACACCAUUUUGGUGGAUGGGGUUCCGGUUGAAGUGUUUUGGGAUGUGCAUAGUUGGCUCUUUGGGAAUGCUAUGGGAAAUGCAGUGUUCAUGUUUCAAACAUGCAUUUCAAGUGACAAGCUUUGGGAAGGUCAAUCAGUUUCUGAUCCCUCUGCAAUAUCAUGGACUUCUUCUCAGCAGUUUAGGGAUUCCCAGUUGCAAGGCUUUGGCUUCUCUUUGAUUUUGUAUGCUUGGAAACAUGAGUAGUGUUAAAUCUUAUUCUUCAAUGUUAAAUUUAUAUUGACAUGCAGCCACAAUGAAACUGAUAAACUUGCCCCUUUUUCUCAUCUUGAUCUUACAUAAAUACAUACAUACGCUUUGUUUGAUUUUA